CUGAUUCAAGACAACAUAGUUCUGUCCAGGACUCUACACUGGGGAUAAGGACAUGGGACUCCUCCUGCCGGAUUCCAGAUGGUUCAUUACAACUGACAUCUUGGUUAACAACUGUGAAAAGGAACUUUGGAUUAUUUUAUUUUAUUUUUGUGGGACACCACAAUCCCCAAACUGUAGGACAUAUCAGGUUCCGUAUUUCUUGUAGAAUUUUAAAAUAACCUUUUCUAAUGAGGAUGUCUGAUAUUCUUACUGUAAAAGAUGAAACUGAUGCAAUGAAGGGUUCAGAAGCUGAAUUUAAAGAUACAGACCCAGUUGAAAACCUUAUAAAAUCAGGAAGUCAGGCGCAGAUUCAAGCAGAAAAGGAUGAAAAUUGUCCUGAUAGCAAAAACAAUAUGCCGCGGCCAGUGCAGUCUUUUGGACAGACAGCAAAAAGGUCGAAGUCAAACACAAAGUUAAAGUUAGUUCGGAGCCUUGCUGUAUGUGAAGAAUAUCCACCACCUCCCACAGCUGAAAUAUCACAGGACCUCCAGGAGAAAAUUCAGAUCCAGUUGUCACAGUCUUUUGAAAAAGAAGAAAAGCCUGCAAAAGAUGAAACAGAAAAGGAAAAAUCCAGUGAUAAACUGUCCAGAAAAAUGUUAUCAAGAGAUUCCAGCCAAGAGUAUACAGAUUCCACUGGUAUAGAUCUUCAUGAAUUUUUAGUAAAUACAUUAAAAAACAAUCCCAGGGACAGAAUGACGCUGCUGAAAUUAGAACAGGAAAUUUUAGAUUUCAUUGGUAAUAAUGAAGUUCCAAGAAAAAAGUUUCCCCCAAUGACAUCUUACCAUAGAAUGCUGUUGCACAGGGUAGCUGCUUACUUUGGAUUAGAGCACAAUGUGGACCAGAGUGGGAAGUCAGUCAUAGUAAAUAAAACUAGCAAUACAAGAAUACCUGACCAAAAGUUUUGUGAGCAUAUAAAGGAUGAGAAGAGUGAUGAUUUCCAGAAGCGGUACAUCCUUAAAAGGGAUAACUCUAGUUUAGAUAAAGAUGACAACCAGAUGAGAAUACGAUUAAAAGAUGACAGAAGAAGUAAAUCCAUAGAAGAACGUGAAGAAGAAUAUCAGAGAGCUAGAGAAAGAAUAUUUGCACAAGAUUCCCUGUGUUCCCAAGAGAAUUAUUUCACUGAUAAAAGAAUCCAGGAGGAAGAAACUAAUAGUACACAACAAAGACGACAGAUACUUAGAAUCAAUAAGGAAACAUCAGGGAGAUCAGCCAACAGCCAUCAGAGCAGUACUGAGAAUGAGCUGAAGUAUUGUGAACCCCGUCCCUGGAGCAGCACCGACUCUGAUAGCUCCAUCCGCAAUCUGAAGCCAGCUGUAACGAAAGCCAGCAGCUUCAGUGGGAUAUCAGUUCUGACAAGAGGAGAUAGCUCUGGAAGCAGCAAAAGCACAGGCAGGCUGUCUAAGACAGGUUCAGAGUCUUCUAGUAGUGUAGGGUCAUCCACGGGUUCUCUUUCUCACACCCAGCAGCCUCUUCCAGUGCCAGCUCUAAGCCAGCCUUCUCAUGGCACGCCUGCCGUCUAUCCAACUGUCAGCACUAGUAACUCUCUUUCCUUUGAUGGUGGCAUAAGUGGGCAAGUGGCACCUACUAGCACUAGCUUCUUUUUGCUUCCCUUGGAAGCGGCAGGCAUACCGCCUGGCAGUAUUCUGAUCAACCCUCAAACAGGUCAGCCUUUCCUUAAUCCCGAUGGCACUCCAGUUGUGUACAAUCCUCCUAUGCCUCAGCAACCUGUUAGGACCCAAGUGCCUGCACCUCCGCAACAGCCGCCUCUUCCCGCACCACCUCAGCAACAGCCAGCAGCUAAUCACAUCCUCUCACAGCAAGACAACCUAGGAUCGCAAUUUAGCCAUAUGAGUCUUGCCCGCCAGCCACCUGCUGAUCCAGCCGAACCUCAUGCUGCUAUGUUCCAGUCCACUGUAGUCCUGCAGCCCCCGCAGCAGUCCGGUUAUAUCAUCGCAACUGCUCCACCACCACCCUCUGGCCAACCAGUUUCUGCUCCAGGCUACUCGGCAUCCAGCCACCCUGUCAACCAGCAAGUACUCCAGCAGCAGGGAUAUAUGCAGCAAACUGUGCCGCAGAUGCCGGCUUGUUAUUGUACCCCCAAUCAGUAUCCGCACUCCAGUCAACAGUACCGACCUGUUUCUGUCCAUUACAACACACAGCAAAACCAACCAUUGGCGCAGCCUGGACAGCAGACAGGUUACCAGGUUUUGCCUAACCAGCAGCAAAACUACCAGGGUUUAGUUGGAGUUCAGCAGUCUCAGAAUCAAAAUCUGGUCAGUGGCCAACAAAACAACAUUGGGAAUCAAAUUCAAGGUGUGAUUGUUCCAUAUCCUUCAGUGCCAUCUUAUCAGGUUUCGGUGCCUCAAGGUUCCCAAGCAGUGCCCCAGCAGACGUAUCAACAGCCUGUUAUAAUUCCCAGUCAGUCCAAUCAAGGACUGCCUGCAACAGUAAUGCCAGUUUACUACGGUGUCAUUCCAUCAGGUCAACAGAAUAAUUUAAGUUCAUCAGUAGGAUAUUUGCAGCCUCCUGGAUCAGAGCAGAUACAGUUUCCUAGAACAUCAUCACCGUGCAACUCACAGCAGCUUCAAGGACAGCAGUGUGCAGCGGUAGCACCACCACCAGGUGGAGGAGUACUAAUGAUGCAGCUAAAUCUACCCAACAACCCUCAGCCUCGGAACCAUUCACCUCCACAGUGGAAACAGAAUAAAUAUUACUGUGAUCAUCAAAGGGGGCAGAAGUCCACAGAACUUAGCACUUUAGACAGUGCUGCACAGCAUAGUCCUCAACUAGGUAGUCCUGUCACCUCACCGGCCCAAUCGCCAGCACCAGCUCAGCUACCAAACAUGAAGAACAUCCGUCCCACACUGACACCUCUUUCUAUUGUGUCCCAGUUUUCUAGACCUUUUGUCCCUGGACAAGGAGAUGCCAGAUACCCAUUGCUUGGCCAACCCCUGCAGUACAAUCCAUCAUCUUUAUUACGUGGACAAGUAACAAGCCAACAGUGUCAACCGGGAAACAGACAUGGAAACAGGGGGAAGAAACCAGCAAAGAAGGCUGCUUCAGCAGAUCUUGGUGCAGGAGAACCAGUUGUGGGAAAAGUUCUAGAAAUUACUGAACUGCCAGAAGGCAUAACUCGUACGGAAGCAGAAAAACUAUUUGGAGAACUCUUAAAAGUUGGUGCCAAGAUUCGGUGGCUAAGGGAUUCGCAGUGUCUACAAGCACAGCAGCAGCACCACCGUCGUUACUGUGGCAGCGGAGACGGUAGCGUGAACACUGAGCCAUCCAAACCUAGUGACUUGGCGUCCACUUACACGGUUCUAGCUACGUUCCCUACAAUGUCAGCUGCUCAGAACGCGUUGAAGAAACAAAGCAGUACCUCAGUGAACAAGUUCAGGCUGAGAACAAGCAAGAAGCACUACGACUUUCAUGUUCUGGAAAGAGCUAGUUCUCAGUAGCAGUUACAUCAGUGGACACUCAGCCUUUACUACUUCCAUGUCCUCCUCGAUUGGCUCGGUGUUACGGGGUUUCUGUUCUCUUCAUAGAGACUCCUGGGAUGUUUUGUCAUAAGACAUUAGCCACUGAAGAAUAAAUAACCCAGUCCAGCAAGAUGAAGAAAAAAAAACCCAGAAUUAAUCCCAGACAAUAGCAAGGAAUCAUCUUUGAGACAGGCAGCUUUCUACAAGGAAUGCUGUUGAAAUGCCCCCUACUUUUAUAGUAGUUUUGUUUUGUAUUUUUGAAUUCUUGUAUCAGAUCCAAAGUUCUACUGUACAGCAGAUGUUCAUAAAAAUCCAUAUUCAGGUUUGUAUUUUAUAAUCCCUUUUCACAGCCAGCACACAGCUGUCCAUUCCAAGGCAGGAACCUGAGGAUUGGUGGAGGGGAAAAGAGAACCAUUUUCAAGGAAUUACACUCAUUUUCUAGCAAACUACCCCAAAUCUUCAAGUUAACCUGUUCUUUGUCCCUUGUGGUUUUUUUUAAGGAAAAAAAAAAAUUUUUAGUAGCUAAUUCCUUAGAUGGUCAUUUUCUUUUGAGAUUCAUUCAGGCAAUGUCAAAAGAAAAUACAAGUAGGUUGUACCCUUGAAGGAUUCGCUUCUGAUCCAACAGGUUUAAUAAUUAUUUAAAGGGGAAUAUGAAUAGGUUACAAAGAAUGUUCACUGAAUCACAUUUUAAUAUGUCUUAUUUUUAGCAAAAGUGUGAAGAAACUAAAAUGUAUCUUCACAAGUGACAAAAUGUUUGCACUUUAAUUGUGUUCCCACCAGUAUGGAUCUCUUUCUCUUCCUUUUCACGCAAAGAUAAUUGUGUUUGAUAAGUGCUGGAAACCUUUUUAAUGGUUUAAGUUUUCAUCAUUUGCAGAUGCUCACUGGACAUUAAAGAUUCAUUGCACAUAAAUGAAACAAACUUUUUUCAAUUUGUGUAAUUUGCAAGGCUGUACAAUGUGUGCUGAUGCAAGCCUUUUUCAGUUCAAGAAAAUAAAUGUUUACAAACA